GCGUACAGAACUCCCCGGGCUUCCCCCAAAGGAGCUCACCUCGAGAAGCCCCGACCUGGGAGAGCCCACCAGCAUUCCCUCCAGGGCAGCCGCCGCCGCCACCGCAGCAGCAUCCGGAGGAGAGGCAUGGUCCAGCUGGGGAAGCUGCUCCGCGUCCUGACUUUGAUGAAGUUCCCCUGCUGCGUGCUGGAGGUGCUCCUGUGCGUGCUGGCGGCGGCGGCGCGCGGCCAGGAGAUGUACGCCCCGCACUCGAUCCGGAUCGAGGGGGACGUCACCCUUGGGGGGCUGUUCCCAGUGCACGCCAAGGGUCCCAGUGGAGUGCCCUGCGGUGACAUCAAGAGGGAGAACGGGAUCCACAGGCUGGAAGCUAUGCUUUAUGCCCUAGACCAAAUUAACAGCGAUCCCAACCUGCUGCCCAACGUUACGUUAGGCGCGCGGAUCCUGGACACUUGUUCCAGGGACACUUAUGCGCUCGAACAGUCGCUCACUUUCGUCCAGGCGCUCAUCCAGAAGGACACCUCCGACGUGCGCUGCACCAACGGCGAGCCCCCGGUUUUCGUCAAGCCAGAGAAAGUAGUUGGAGUGAUUGGGGCUUCGGGGAGCUCCGUCUCCAUCAUGGUAGCCAACAUCUUGAGGCUUUUCCAGAUACCUCAGAUUAGUUAUGCGUCCACAGCUCCUGAGCUCAGUGAUGAUCGGCGCUAUGACUUCUUCUCUCGAGUGGUCCCACCUGAUUCCUUUCAAGCUCAGGCCAUGGUAGACAUUGUAAAGGCCUUGGGCUGGAAUUAUGUGUCUACUCUUGCAUCUGAAGGAAGCUACGGAGAGAAAGGUGUGGAGUCCUUCACACAGAUUUCCAAAGAGGCAGGUGGGCUCUGCAUUGCCCAGUCCGUGAGAAUACCCCAAGAGCGCAAAGACAGGACCAUUGACUUUGAUAGAAUUAUCAAACAGCUCUUGGACACCCCCAACUCCAGGGCCGUCGUGAUUUUUGCCAACGAUGAGGAUAUAAAGCAGAUCCUAGCAGCAGCCAAAAGAGCUGACCAAGUGGGCCAUUUUCUCUGGGUGGGGUCAGACAGCUGGGGAUCCAAAAUCAACCCACUGCAUCAACAUGAAGAUAUUGCAGAAGGAGCCAUCACCAUCCAGCCUAAGAGAGCAACAGUGGAAGGGUUUGAUGCUUACUUCACAUCCCGCACACUUGAGAACAACAGGAGAAAUGUCUGGUUUGCUGAAUACUGGGAAGAAAACUUCAACUGCAAGUUGACAAUUAGUGGGUCCAAAAAAGAAGACACAGAUCGCAAAUGCACAGGACAGGAGCGAAUUGGAAAAGACUCCAAUUAUGAGCAGGAGGGUAAAGUUCAGUUUGUGAUUGAUGCUGUCUACGCCAUGGCGCAUGCCCUUCAUCACAUGAAUAAGGAUCUGUGUGCUGAUUCGGGAGUAUGCCCAGAGAUGGAGCAAGCAGGGGGAAAGAAGUUGUUGAAGUAUAUCCGCAAUGUUAAUUUCAAUGGUAGUGCUGGCACCCCAGUGAUGUUUAACAAAAAUGGGGAUGCCCCUGGGCGGUAUGAUAUCUUCCAGUACCAGACAACAAACACCUCCAACCCUGGUUAUCGUCUCAUUGGGCAGUGGACAGAUGAACUUCAGCUCAAUAUAGAAGACAUGCAAUGGGGCAAAGGAGUUCGGGAGAUCCCAUCCUCUGUAUGCACAUUGCCUUGCAAACCUGGACAGAGGAAGAAGACACAGAAGGGAACCCCUUGUUGCUGGACCUGUGAGCCCUGUGACGGAUACCAAUAUCAGUUUGACGAGAUGACAUGUCAACAUUGUCCCUAUGACCAGAGGCCCAAUGAGAAUCGAACUGGCUGUCAGAACAUCCCCAUCAUCAAACUGGAGUGGCACUCUCCCUGGGCUGUCAUUCCUGUCUUCCUGGCAAUGUUGGGGAUCAUUGCCACCAUCUUUGUCAUGGCCACUUUCAUCCGCUACAAUGACACACCUAUUGUCCGGGCUUCUGGGCGAGAACUCAGCUACGUUUUAUUGACUGGCAUCUUUCUCUGCUACAUCAUAACCUUCUUAAUGAUUGCCAAACCAGAUGUGGCAGUGUGUUCUUUCCGGCGUGUAUUCUUGGGCUUGGGCAUGUGCAUCAGUUAUGCAGCCCUUUUAACAAAAACCAACCGAAUUUAUCGCAUAUUUGAGCAGGGCAAGAAAUCAGUGACAGCUCCCAGACUCAUUAGCCCAACAUCACAACUGGCGAUCACUUCCAGCUUAAUAUCAGUGCAGCUUCUAGGUGUCUUCAUUUGGUUUGGGGUUGACCCACCCAACAUCAUCAUAGACUAUGAUGAACACAAGACAAUGAACCCAGAGCAAGCCAGGGGAGUUCUCAAAUGUGACAUCACAGACCUUCAAAUCAUUUGCUCUUUGGGAUAUAGCAUUCUUCUCAUGGUCACAUGUACUGUGUAUGCCAUCAAAACUCGGGGUGUACCAGAGAAUUUUAAUGAAGCCAAGCCCAUUGGAUUCACUAUGUAUACCACGUGUAUUGUAUGGCUUGCCUUCAUCCCUAUAUUUUUUGGCACUGCACAGUCAGCAGAAAAGCUCUACAUACAAACUACCACACUUACAAUCUCCAUGAACCUAAGUGCGUCAGUGGCGCUGGGAAUGCUAUACAUGCCGAAAGUGUACAUCAUCAUUUUCCACCCUGAACUCAAUGUCCAGAAAAGGAAGCGAAGCUUCAAGGCCGUAGUCACAGCAGCCACGAUGUCAUCAAGGCUGUCACACAAACCCAGUGACAGGCCCAACGGUGAGGCAAAAACAGAACUCUGUGAAAACGUAGACCCAAACAACUGUAUACCACCAGUAAGAAAGAGUGUACAAAAGUCCGUAACUUGGUACACUAUCCCACCAACAGUAUAGCUUUUGACUGCUUUCCAAAAGGCCCUGCUGCAAAAAAGAAGUAUGUCAGUUAUAAUAACCUGGUUAUCUAAUCCGUUCCAUCCCAUGGAACCACGGAGGAGGAAGACCUUCAGUUACUCCGUCAUGCAAUCUGGCAUAGGACUAUUUUGGUCCUGCCUGCUUCCCAUCUCUGGAGGAGCUUCCCCAGCUGGGAGACCAAUGUUAGAGGAUCCACACAUCCUAAACAGCUGCUUUAUGAGACACCUUUACUUUAUCUUGGCUUAAGAAGUCAUUGACAUCAGCACUGCCAUCUCGGCUGCAAUUCUGAACUCCCUGAAUAAAGGGAGAGUUGAGACUCAAGUCCCACCCGGCUCUUUUGGAUAAACUGCUGAGAGCCUCAGACUGUUUUUGGGGCUGACUUGUCUUUCUAUGUAUGUACUUCCAGGCUGCAAGGUUUUGAAAUUUUCUGUACAGUUUGUGAGGACCUUUGCACUUUGCCACCCAAUGUCGUACCUCGGUUCACUGUUUGUUUUUGAAUGCCCUGUUUUCUUAGAACCUUAUCCUCUCACACGGUGGAAUCUUUGAGAAAAAUUUA